UGCUGGAGGGAACUGGAGGCUCCCUGUUGCUCUAACUUGCUCAGACUUGGGCCCCCUCCAGCAGCUCCAUCCCCCGCAGCUGCCUUGCUGUGAGCGCUGGGCCGGUGGGCGGUGACCCCAGCCCUGCCUCCAGUGUACUGGGGAGGGGGGGUCAGCUGGAUACCUACCACGUCCCUCUCUCCUAGGUCCCCCUCUCUAGGGCAGUGACUUUGCAGGGCCCAUGCCAGGAACCCCCCGGCCCAGAGCCACCGAGGGGCCCCACCCGGAGGGGGCUGGGGGGAGGGCCCCAAGGUUCCUGACAAGGUGGCGCUGCCCUGGCUAGAGGGACCCGGCCUGUCCCGCGGGGGAAGCGCCUCGGGCUCCCCGGCCGGCGCCGCGCACACGUGCCUGCUGGGGCUGGGGCAGGGGCGGGGCCGUCCCGAGCCGGGGUCGCUCCUCCCGCCGGCCCAGAGCUCGCUGCUCGCUGGGGAAGUGGAGUCCGGCUCUGUCGCUGAUCGCGCUCCGCUCCCGGCCGGGUCCCUGCGGCCACGGGCACACGGGCAGCCCCGUCCCGCUCCUGCGCCGCGCCGGGCCGGGCCGCCGAUGGGGAGGCUGAUUCUGGGCGAGCUUCGGACGAGCAGCCCCCGGGGAGCCCCGCCUGGACCCCGGCCCGCGCCCCGGCCGCUGCUGGCUGCCCGGGGCCAGAAUGCCCGCCUGGGGGAUCCUGCCCGUCACCCUGCCCGCCGUCACCAUCACCGGCAUGUGGAUCGUGUAUGCUAUGGCGCUCUCCAACAACCACAUCUGCCCAGUCCACAACUGGAGUUAUAACCAGUCCUGUGGGCUGGACGGCCCCAUUUCAUGCUGCACUCUGGAUCACAUUCCUCUGGUCAGCAAGUGUGGCACCUUCCCUCCAGAGAGCUGCUUCUUCAGCCUGAUCUGCAGCCUGGGCUCUUUCAUGGUGAUGCUCGUUGGCCUGCUGAGAUACGCCCACGUCAUUGAGUGCUGCGGGCCGUCCCUCCUCAACACCCUGGGGCUGGCAGCAGGCUGGAUCUGUGCCGCCGGCCUCACCAUGGUUGGCAACUUUCAGGUGGACUAUGCCAAGGUGCUGCAUUACAUUGGCGCAGGUGUGGCAUUUCCUACCAGCAUGCUCUUUGUGUUCCUGCAGUCGGUUCUCACUUACCGCAUGGCGAAAACCAGGGGCCACUACUGGACCGGUCACUUGCGCAGCAUCCUCUCCGCUCUGGCCUUCAUCACCCUUGUCUUCAGUGGCGUGUUCUUCGUCCAGGAGAGUUUUGUGCUGCAGCAUGUGGCCGCCCUUUGCGAGUGGAUUUUCAUCAUAAAUGUCCUUGUCUUCUACGGCACCUUCACUUUUGAGUUCGGAGCCAUCUCCACAGACACGUUUCUGGUGCUUCUGAAAGCCAGCCAGGCUCCCAAGAGCUACAAAUCCGACAGCAGCACAGCCAGCACGCCGCAUGGCCACAGCCACUCCGAGGGCCUGGCCAUGGUCUGAGGGGACCUGGCCUCGUCCCUGGACAGCUGGGACUGGCAGAUCAGCCAGACCAAAAAUCCAGACAUUGCCAGUGAUUCUCUUGCCUUGAACAUAUCCAGGAACCAAAGUGCCUCCAAUUUUGGGGGGAAGGGUAAAGGAUUGGGGGGCUGAUCCUGACUUCACCUCCCCUUCUGACUCAUGCAGACAAUACACUAAGAACGUCUGGACCUGCAGCCCCAGCAUCACUAGUGCCUUUCAGGGGCUUUUUACCUCCCAUCAAAGCUCUCCCUGCAGGAGCAGAGAGGUGCUAAAAGGGGAUAGCGGGGAGGGGCAGGGAGUAAAUGGGACUCUGAGGUGGAAGCAGGAUUAAGGUACUUGGUGCUCUAGAAGUCCUAGGGUUACCCUUCCUUGAUGGUGAGCCAGAGAGACAAUCCGAGCAUGAGGAGAAGAAGAGGACUUGUUCUGUAGGGAGGAAGGUGGGAGAGGUGGCAGCAGGGAGGGGGGCAUGGGGAAGGCAGAGGAGCUGCCCUCGGGACCAUGGAUGGCACAAGAUGACAAAAUCAGAAUUUUUUGCUGAACCACCAGAGUCCUCUGGGGUAGCUAGGCCUGUCAAAGAGACUGCAAACCCCGCUCCUCUGGUCGGAUAGCUCAGGAGCAGUGCGGGUGCUUAUUGUAGAACAGUACCUGAUCUCACCGAGCUGAUCAAGGGUGACCAGGUGGUUGGAGCCAAAAGGCAAGAUGCCUCUCUUUUCCCAGCAGGGUUAAGUCAUGCUGGCUCAUCUGGCUGUGAACAAAGUCUAAGUGACUAUGGCAAAGAUGAAAUCUGUAGCAGUCUAGGUCUUUUAUAGUAGACCCCAGUCCUGUGGGCCCACGUGGCCAGUGUUUACCUGGCUGAGCUGGUGCCUGAUGGCUACACAGGAGGGCCAUGGAGAAAGCAAUCCGUGUGCCAGCCACUCCAGAGUGGCAGCACUUUAAUUUCAGGGAAGUCCCUAUUUCCAUGGGCUCUUCUCAGGAAUGCCCCCCUCGUACUGAGCUGCUUCCUGCUUGUUCUCAGCCCAGAGCUGGCGCAGCUUUUCGUCUUGUGUUUUUAUAGCACCUAGCCACAGUGGGGUCCUGGGCUGAGUUGAGCUCCUAGGUGCUGUCGGAUGAUAAACAGUAAGUUAGAGGUUUGAAGCUGCAGUGUGGGCAUGCCUGAAUUCUUUCCACAAUCUUCACCUUCUUCCCUCAGGUCUGCAUGUGUUUAAAGAGUUCUUUGCAUUAAGUAGUGCCCCGAGGCCGCAGCGUUCUAGGUGCUGUGCAAAUACAAAGGCCCUGUGCUGAAGAGCUUACAGUGCUUCGGGCCAGAUCUGACAUAAAACUUCAUGCACCUGGGGGUUAGUGCUCAGAGGAGAGGAGGACUUUACCCUUCUGUAGUGCUGCAUAAUUAGAUCCAGUGCAGUUCUCCUGCACCUCUCCUCUCACUAUUGAGGCACUAUUGCUGUCAUUAGUGAAUUCAGCCUCCCAGCCCCUCUGAAGGUGGGUUAUCAUCAUUCCCCUGUUACAGAGGAGGGAAAUGGAGCAGAGAAACAUUGGGGAAGUCAUUUAAUCUAAGCCUAUGGCAGAUCCAGCUGUGACUCUUAGCACAAGCCUAGAUUUCCUCUACUGCCUAUGCCUUAUAAAGUGCCUUGGGCACAUUGUAAAAUGUUUAAAAACACUGGGGAUGUGAUUGGAAACUGCAUGUUCCCUACAGGGAUGCUUUUUUGCCUUCAUUACGUGUAGACCAACGCCAUCUCUUCCAAGGGAGGAUGAGUGGAUCCUAACCUAACUCAGGACAUGAACAAAGUCAGCCAGUCCUACCAAGUGUAUGUCAUCUGGUCUCCUUACGAGACCACAGGAGGAGGGGCUGAUGGGGGUGAAUCUUAGAUGUGUAUGAGUGUAAAUGUAACCGAUGUGUAUUUUUUCCCCCUUGACAGGGGAGUUUGCUGCUGCUGCUGUGUGUGUGUUAAUGGGGCUCUGCUUCCUGAUUUGCCCACCUCUCAAAGGGAAUUGCCCUGUAAAUUCACCAGGCAUGUGGUUCAGAGUGGAGUGCGAGGAAUAUUUUAUAUGUAAUAUAUGGAAAAUAUAUGUGGAAAAAUCAAUUUGCAAUAAUAAAAUGGAAAACCAGCCA